CUUACGAUGUGGAUGACACAUAGGCGAUACUAGGGAACCGGAAGUCUACUUGAAAAUUCAAAGGAGAAGAGGACAAGUAAUUUUAAAUAUUUAUUUUAGUAAUUAAAUAUAAUCCAAGUUUACAUACAAACAGAUACAUUUUACAUGUAUAUAUGAUAAGGUCACCACUGAUUGACAACUACAAUACUCAGUAUCAUUAUUAAAUAAUAAACAAUAUUUAAAUUUAUAUUAAAACGCAUUAAAUUCAUGCGUCUAGCAUUAAAAACACGUUAAUCAGGAAAAUAUAGCAGUUGUGUAAAUAAAAGUAACCAAAGUGUAAGUGAAGUGAAGAUACAGAAUUCAACGGUGUUAAUUUAGUGUAUUAUUUUAAUUGAAAAAAAGGAAAAUGAUUCUUUCGGUGUUUAUAAUAGCUGGGAUUGUAAAUCUGAUAGCGCAAAAUAUGAAUUACAAUAUUAGUUCAACUGGAAAUUCCAAUUCCAAUAUGGAUAUACGAGUGAGAAGGCACAUCGCAGUAGACAAGUAUCCAGAAGAAAUAGAGGAAAAAUAUAAAGAAAUCACUAUACCCCAAGAAAAAGAGUUUCAUUAUAAAAUAAUAGAUUUGUUAAAACGUAAAAUACAUGUAGAAUAUAGAUCCAAAAGGGACAUAUACACGCAUUCCAGUCCAUAUGAAAAAACUUCAAUUAACAACGAAAACUCCAGUAACACUAAUCGUAUUAAUAAAACUACCACAGGUAAAAUAAUACAAAACGGUUAUGAGUUAGUCGUUGCAUCUCUAUUUGGUAAGAAUAAAAAAUAUAACAAGCAAAAUUAUACAAACUUGAAUUAUGAUGAUGGAUAUUAUAACAAUGGAUAUGGCAAUAUAAUCUAUAAUGAAAGUUAUUACAAUAGCUAUCCUUACAAUAAUAUCAACAUAACAUAUAAAAACGACUUUCAAACACCGUACAAUGGAAACAUCAAUUCAUCGUAUAACGGGAUUUAUAAUCAAAGUAAUCCAUAUAAUUAUCAGCCAUAUAAUAGCAAUAGACAUAACAAUCAAACAUAUUAUGGAGGAUACUAUAAUUCAUCAUCACCAUAUAAUAUAAAUAAUAAACCACAGUCCACUGAUAACGGAAAUUAUAACAUGGGAACUCCAUACAACGGAAAUUACAACUACAACACGGUUACACCAAAUAAUAGAAAACCAAUAUCACCGUACGAGUCUAAUUAUAAUCCAGUAACUUUGAAUCCUUAUAACGGAAACUAUUACCCUCAAUAUCCAUACAACUCAAGUUCUGCCACAGCGGCUCGGAAUAAUACAAAUGCAGCUCCAUACAAUGGAUACUUUAACACAACAACAACAUACAAUGGAAUGCCGAAUCCAGUAAUCCCGUAUAACGGAAAAUCUCCAAACAACGGAUUAAAAACAACAACGGAAAGAGUAGUAGCCGAGAGUUGUAUAUUAUGUUCUACGUUCAGCUGUCCAGCAAAUUACUCUAGGGUUGGUUUUAGAUGUGUAAAAGAUUAUGAAGACUAUUAAAAAUAUAUAUACUAAGACGAGAUAAGAGGAUUAUUGACUUUACAAACAAAUACAGAGUAGCGAUAGAUUUCGAUGCACAUAAUUUAUACAAAAUUGAUUAAAACACUUCAAACAAAGCGCAAAAAGCUUUUGUAUCUUUGUGACGUCUAUGACGUGCGUUUGAGACAUGUUCUAAUACAAAAAAGUGUAUUUGGGGUAUUUAGACACGCUUAAAGGCACCAAAGUGUAAACGAUCUGCACAAAUUACGAGCUAUCCUACAAAAAAAAAAAAAACAAUUACAAUCAUCAGAUUACAUGAGUGUAGUUAUCCAUAAAAUAGUUUCGGCAUCAACAAACAAACAAUAUUUGAUGAUGUUAAUUCGAAUUAAAAUAAUCGUCGCAUAAGUUAGUAUACUGAUUAUCGUUACAAAAGAGACGCAUAAUAUUGUAUAAUAUAUGAAAUGCCUUUCCACAAUAAUAAAAAGGUCGUUGAACUGACACUUAAGACGAUUUCGUAGUCUAUAGGAACGCUUGUAUUACAAUAGUCAAUAAUUAAAUAUACUUAAUUAAAAGGCAAACAUGCCUGACUUAUAUAUGUUGAAACUACUGUUCCAAGAAACUUGAAAUUAGGUACAAGGGCUCCUUUCAUAAUGUCAGUGAGCACGUACGAAAGAUUUUUUUUUUCAAAUUCU